AUGGAAGUAAGUUCGCGUGCCCUCGCUGCCAUGGUCAUUCAUGGGUUGGACAGGUGCCAUCAAUGUCAACUCUCCUUUCCUGCAGAGGAGGGGGGCAGGGAUGAGGAGGAAGACUCUGCAGCGCUUGGGGAAAGCUGGUAUCACCUCUCAGCUUCGGCGGCGGCGAAUGCUCCCAAGGAACAUGAGAUGGAGCAAGAGUUUGCAAGCAUCUUCAAGCAGAUGGAGGAGAAGAGGAAGAUCAACGAGUUGGUGUGCGAUCACCUCCUUGAGACCUACCCUCUCUGCGAGAGCUGCACAGAGAGGCUGCUGGUGGAGCUCAUCGCCGCGAAAGAGAAUGCUACCAGGGAGUGCGAGAUGUACACGAAGGAGUACGAACGACUGAAGGAGGAGAUCCACAGCGAGGGCGCGAGCAGCGACGUGGACUUGCGGGAGCAGAUCGAGAGAGACGAGGAGGAGGAGCGGCAGCUGAUAGCUAAGGUGCAAGCGCUGGAGGAGGAGCGGAUCUCGCUGCGGAGGAAGAUGGGCGAGAUCGAGCAGAAGGGAUGCUAG